GCGACGUAGUGGGCGCGUCCAGUAAUGACUGAGGGAUUCCGGCAAGUAACAUGACUAAAAAGAAGCGGGAGAAUCUGGGCGUUGCUUUAGAGAUCGACGGGCUGGAGGAGAAGCUGUCACGAUGUCGGAGGGAACUGGAGACUGUAAGCGACAGGCUCUAUGGGGUGGAGCUGAGCCCAGAAGCCAGGAGGUCUCUGGAGAAGGAGAAGAAGAGUCUGAUGAGCAAAGCCUCCAACUAUGAGAAGGAGCUCAAGUUGCUUCGGCAAGAGAACCGGAAGAACAUGCUGCUCUCUGUGGCCAUCUUCAUCCUCCUGACCCUCAUCUAUGUCUACUGGACCAUGUGAGCCUGGGAUUCCCCACAGCCAGUGCAG